CGCAGGCGCACGGGAGACGGGAUGCGGCCAGUUUCUCCCGGCGUGCUCCGCGGCGCCCGCCUGAUUCCAGCCUCUGGGCUGGAGGGAAGGGGCAGAGAUGUCCGUCCCCGGCGCUGGGGCGACUCGACUGCUCCUCCUCUUGCUGGUGGCGGCAGCAGCCCCCAGCCGGGCGCGGGGUAGUGGCUGCCGGUCCGGAGCCGCUGUGCGGGGAGUGGGGGUGGAAGGUCGAGAAGGUGAGGGCUGCGGCACCGUGGGGCUGCUACUGGAGCACUCAUUUGAGAUCGAUGACAGUGCCCACUUCCGAAAGCGGGGCUCGCUGCUCUGGAACCAGCAAGAUGGCACCUUGUCUUUAUCGCAGCGGCAGCUCAACGAGGAGGAGCGGGGCCGGCUCCGGGACGUGGCAGCGCUGAAUGGCCUGUACCGUGUCCGGGUCCCGCGGCGGCCUGGAGCCCCUGAUGGCCCAGAAGCCGGUGGCUACGUCUCCUCCUUUGUCUCUGCGUGCUCCCUGGUAGAGUCUCACCUCUCGGACCAGCUGACCCUGCACGUGGACGUGGCCGGCAAUGUGGUGGGCGUGUCGGUGGUGACAUACCCCGGGGGCUGCCGGGGCCACGAGGUGGAGGACGUGGACCUGGAGCUGUUCAACACCUCUGUGCAGCUGCAGCCGCCGGUCACAGCGCCCGGCCCUGAGACAGCGGCUUUCAUCGAGCGCCUGGAGAUGGAGCAGGCCCAGAAGGCUAAGAACCCCCAGGAGCAGAAGUCCUUCUUCGCUAAAUAUUGGAUGUACAUCGUCCCAGUCGUCCUCUUCCUCAUGAUGUCGGGAGCACCAGACGCCGGGGGCCAGGGCGGGGGCGGCGGCGGCGGGGGCGGUGGAGGCAGUGGCCGAUGAGGAGUGCGGGCCGGGUGCUGCCCACCCUCUUUCGCCCGGAGCACGCCCUUUCUGCCCAGCGUGCCCGCACCCUUGAUCAUCUUAGGAGGGACUCUCCGGACAGUCCAUCUCUGCGUCCCGUGGGGAUCAGAGGGCACCCCCUCCCCAGGAGUCCCUCCCCUCUUGUGCUUGGAGUUACUGUGGGUGUGGGGGUGGCGGGGUUCUGGGCCCUGCUGCACCCCACCUUCCCCCAUGGCCCAGCUGCAGCCCCUGCCGUAUCCCUCUGCUGCAGGUUAGAGCCCGCGCUCCCUGUCCCCUCAUCCCGCCCACCAAGCCCUGCGGGGUGGGAACACGCCUCUUUCUCUCCAGCCUCCGUGCCUUUGUCUGGUCUGGUCACCCCGCCAGGCCAGGGGAGGCCCCUUACUUGUCUGACACUGGAUUGGGACACCAGCCUCCUGUCUGGUCUUGAGGGCACCCUGGGGCUCCCCAAAGCCCAGAGCUGGCACAGAGCAGGGGUGGGCCGGCCUGGGGCGCCCCCUUUUCACAUCUGCACAGCCCUGCUCCCCCUGCUCUGGCCUGUAUCUGCCCACGGCUCUAGUGGAAGUUGGGAAUUCCUGCUGUUAAGACGCCAGGCCCUCCAGAGGCUCUGGGGCUUGAACCAGUGAUGUUGGAAGUCAAAACAGAGCAAACUGCCCAGCAGCGGAGUCAGGGGCCAGUUGAUGUAUAGAAUCCCUUUCCCGGCUGGUCGUUGCCCUGGGACUUUGCUGGGUCCUUGCCAUUUAUCUCCCUUCCUCCUCCUGUCUGUUUAAAAACAUUGACAACAUAAAUGAAAUAGGUAAACAUUUGGGGAAAUUGCAGCUUGCAACUUAACAGGCAAAUGCAGCUGUUAACUAGGCUAAGAGACUGUCAGGAUAUAUAGGCGCUACUGAAUUCUGCCGGUGGCGGUGGGUGGCUGGGAAUGUGAUUCGGAAACGCCAAAAAAAAAAAAAUAUGGCCACCGUUGUCAUGGUAAUGGCAGCGCCAUGAGGCUCCACGGAGUGUGUGUAGCAGUUUAUUAAAGUGUCCCCUAAAUAUUCAGCGUUCA